UUUAAGAAGUUCAUCACCAUCAUGCAGGCGGCCAUCGGGGUCGUUCCCCUCAACAAACGGGAGCUGAUGCCGCCCGGCAGGAAGCUGUGGAGACCCCCGGGGGACCAGAGUUGCUCUGACCAGACCAGUACUGACCUGCUCAAGUCCAGCCGUAAGUUCUGCUGGUCCAGAGAAGCCCAGUACUUGUAUCUUCGCCGCCUGUCGUCGAGGAGCUUCUCCGCCAUCACCAUGAACCCGGUCAUGGAGCAGACGGUGUGGGAGCAGUACACCGUGACCCUGCAGAGGGAUCCCAAAAUGGGUUUUGGGAUCGCGGUUUCAGGAGGACGGGACAACCCGAACGAGGAAACGGGCGAGACGUCCAUCGUGGUGUCGGACGUCCUGCAGGGCGGCCCGGCAGAUGGGAUGCUGUUUGAGAAGGACCGCGUGGUUCUGGUGAACAACACGCCCAUGGAGGGAGCGCUGCACUCCUUCGCCGUUCAGACCCUCAGAAAAUGUGGCAAAAUGGCCAAAAUCACGGUCAAGCGCCCCAAGAAGGUCCCGGUCAGUGUGAUGCCCGGCGCCGUCUCGCCCGAAGUCUUCAGCAAUGACAACUACAGCGACUACAACUACGACGCCGACCGCCACAGCAUGAUCAGCGGCCGCGACAACAGCCUGGAGCGCCGCGGCUACGGCGACUCUGGCUACCAGACCCGCGGUAGGAGCGCCGAGCGCGACCUGAGCCCCGACCGCGGCUACCGGCGCGACGGCAGCAGGGGCCGCACGCUGGACCGGGAGUACAGCCCCGAUCGGCCGGACCGCCGCUACCGCAGCGAUCGCGCCCUUGACCGGGAGUACAGCCCGGACCGCCCAGACCGCCGCUACCGCAGCGAUCGCGCCCUCGACCGGGACUACAGCCCCGAUCGGCGCUACCGCAGCGAUCGCGUCCCGAGCCCGGAGCCGCGCUACGGCCGGGACAGCUACAGCCCCGCCAGAGGCCACAGGCGCGACCCGAGCUACGAACGCGACCGAGACCAGAGGUACAACGAGCCGGUCCGGCGGACGGCGAGCAGAGACCGCCUGGACCGGUCGCCGUCGCCCCCUGCUGUUCCCAUCCCGCUGCCCCGACCGGGCCGCGACCAGGAGCCGCUGGAGAAACCCGUCAACGUGCUGCUGCUCAAGAACCAUCCCAACGAAGAGUACGGCCUGCGCCUGGGCAGCCAGCUCUUCAUCAAGGAGAUGACGAGCAGCGGCCUGGCCGGCAGAGACGGGAACCUGCAGGAGGGAGACAUCAUCCUGAAGAUCAACGGCACGGUGACGGAGAACCUCUCCCUCAGCGACGCCGGGAAGCUGAUAGAGAAGUCUCGCGGCCGGCUGCAGCUGGUGGUUCAGCGCGACCGCCGCCAGAUCCUGAUCCGCAUCCCGCCGAUGGUGGACAGCGACUCGGAGCUCGAUGAUAUCUCAGAGAUCGAGUCGUACCGCUCUUACUCUCCACAGGAGCGAGGUCAUCCCUCCGACCUUUCCUCACACUCGUCCAAUGAGAGGCUUCGAGACAAACCCAGAGACGAUCCUUCUAGCAGGAUGACAAAAAUGGGUGCGAUGCCGACGCCUCUCAAAAGUCUGGAGAGGCGUGAAGAUUCCUCCCCUUUGCCGCCAGAGAGGGACGAAACUCGAUCUGCGUCGCCGCCUGCAGCAGCAGCAGUCGCCCCAAGAGUUCGGGUUCCUCCAAAAGUCCCACUGAAGCCGAGCUUGGAGGACCAGGAAGUCUACGGCCCGAACACCAUCAUGGUGCGCUUCAAGAAGGGCGACAGCGUCGGGCUGCGGCUAGCCGGAGGGAACGACGUCGGCAUCUUCAUCGCCGGCGUUCAGGAGGACAGUCCGGCUGAGCAGGAGGGUCUUCGGACCGGAGAUCAGAUCGUUAAGGUGAACAACGUUGACUUCAGAGGGAUGGUGCGCGAAGACGCCGUGCUCUACCUGCUGGACGUUCCAAAAGGAGAAGACGUGACCAUCCUGGCUCAAAGCAAACCCGAAGUGUAUGAAGAUGUUCUGGCAUCCGGACGCGGCGACUCGUUCUACAUCAGAACCCACUUUGAGUACGAGAAGGAGGCGCCGCAGAGCCUCCCGUUCGGCAGGGGGGAGAUCUUCAAGGUCAUCGACACGCUGUACGACGGCAAGCUGGGCCACUGGCUGGCCAUCCGCAUGGACCAGGACAGCCAGGCGCCCGAAGUGAAAAAGGGAAUCAUCCCCAACAAGAGCAGAGCUGAUCAAAUGGCCAACGUGCAGAACGCUGCCAGAGCGGCGUCAGGCAACGACAGAGGAGACUUCUGGAGGCUCAGAGGUCAAAGGGCGGGGAAGAAGAAAGACCUGCGGAAGAGCCAGAGGACCUGAGCACCGCCAGUCGCCACCAAGUUCCCCGCCUACGAGAGAGUGGUGCUGCGAGAAGCUGGUUUCAGGAGGCCGGUGGUGAUAUUCGGCCCGAUUUCCGACGUCGUGAACGAGAAACUGGCCAACGACCUUCCCAACGAGUUUAUUAUUGCCAAAACCGAGCCCAAAGAUGCUGGAAGUGAGAAAUCGUCUGGAGUGGUGAGACUGAACACCAUCAGACAAAUCAUCGAGCAGGACCUGCACGCACUGCUGGACGUCACUCCCAAAGCCGUGGACACGCUGAACUACACCCAGUGGUAUCCCAUCGUGGUGUUCCUGAACCCGGACAGCAAGCAGGGCGUGAAAACCAUGAGGAGCCGCCUGAUCCCCGGAUCCAACCGCAGCGCGCGGAAACUCUACGAACAGGCGGUCCGGCUGAAGAAGACCUGCUCCCACCUCUUCACCGCCACCAUCGACCUGAACUCGUCGAAUGACGCCUGGUACGGCAGCGUGAAAGAGUCGAUCCGGGAGCAGCAGCAGAAAGCGGUGUGGGUGUCGGAGGGGAAGAUGGACGGGUCGGAGGAGGACCUGGACCUGCAGGACGACCGCAUGUCCUACCUGUCGGCCAUGAGCGCCGACUACCUGAGCAUGGACAGCCGCCUCACCAGCGACUACGACGACACGGCGGACGAGGGCGGGGCUUACACCGACAACGAGCUGGACGAGACGCUGGACGACCCGACGCCCGUCUCCGCCAUCAGCAGGUCGUCGGAGCCCGUCCUGCCGGAGGAGCCGCGCCGCGCCAAGAGGCACGGGAGCCGCGAGGUUCUGAACCGGGACCCCAGCCCGCCGCCUUCGUUUGUUCCAGAACCACCCAAGGUCCGCGCUCAGGCCCGGACCGACUCGGUGCGCAGCUACGAGUCCCAGUCCAGCAGCACCAUCAGCAGCAUCGACGCGGCGGCCGCCAGCAGGCCGCUCCCCCCCGCCGUGGCCUCGAAGCCCAACGUCGCCCGCCUCCACCAAACCUCAGAGGAGCAGGCGCCGGCGAACCAGCAGGAGGAGGAAGACCCCGCCAACAAGUCCUUCCUGGGAAAGAUCAAAGCUUUUGAGAAGAUGGACCAUCUGGCCCGAGCGCAGCGUCUUCUGGAGCUGCAGGAGGCGGAAAAAGCUCGAUUGGAAAUCGCCCAGAAGCAUCCAGACAUCUACGCCGUCCCAGUGAAGCUGCCAAAGACCAACCAGAACCGGCCCCAGCCAAUCGGCUCGAACGCCGAGCCGCAGACGAUGUCCCGGCCCACGUACUCGGAGACGAGAGGAAACGAGGACACCGAGGCGGAGUACCGCCGCCAGCUGGCGGAGCAGACCCGGAGGGGAUACUACAACCCUCAGAAGUACAAGGACACCGAGCUGUGAGGCUCCGAACAGGAAGUGAGGUCGUUCACCAGCUUCUGUCGCUCUCUGAACUUCUUCUUUCUCACAUCUUGGCUCUGAGUCCAGACUCUCUUCAAGCUGGCGGCGGCGCCGUUAACCGCCACAGAGGAAGAAAUGUUGGUCCUGAUUUCCAGAGACGAAAUGUUUGGUUUGGGUUUAACAGCCUCCGGUGUUUCACUGGCGAGUCCAGAGUUUCUGAAUCCGAUCCAUCACAAAUAUCAAGCAGAAGUCCUAACUUUAAUUCUUUUUUUUUCCUCCAAGCAGCAGAUUUUCUGCUGGUUUGGUUAAUAUUCAUCCAGAGUUUCUGAAGGUCUUUAAAAGCUGCAGGAACCAGAAAAGUUCCUGGAAUGUUUUCCUUCCAGUCAAUUUUCACCAGAGCUGCUACCUGGUCCUGCAAGGUGAGAGAUUUAAAAACCAUGUUCCACCAAUAAGAAAGUUUUAUUUCUAUCUAAAUAUCCAAACAGAAAAAAACAAAACAACCAAUUG